AUGUACAUCACCCUCUUCUACCUAGUCACCCGUCUCCUUGACUCCCUUUGCUCAGUCAGGGACCACUUUCUCUCCCUUUGCCCCACCGAGCUCACCGUCGACCUGCUAGAGGAGCGCCUUACUACAGCUGAGAAGAGUAUUGUUGCUGUAGGUGCUUCUCGCAGCGACCCUCGUGCCCCUUUCUUUGAGGGGUGUUCCCCCGUUCCCCUUCUGCCCUCUGUUGCUUCUGCUACUGGUGUCGACCUCGUUGGCACCGAGGAGGUCGGGGCUGCGUCUGCUCCUAGUGUAAGGCGCCGCAGCGGCAAGGGCAAGGGGGGCAAAGGUGGUGGAGGGGACGGCGGGGGCGGCAGUGGUGGCGGUGGAGGAGGCGGAGGGGGUGGGGGUGGAGGCAAGGGUGGUGGUGGGAGUGGGAGCGUUGGUGGCGGCGGUGGAGGUGGUGGAGGCAGCGGCAGCGGUGGUGGAGGCAACAGCAAUGGCGGUGGAGGCAGUAGCAGCGACGGUGGAGGUGGCGGCGGCGCUGGUGCUGGUCGGUGUGGAGCCGCGCAGCGUGGAGGCUUUGGCGGUAGCCAGUGCCAGCAGCAGCCGCGUUCCCGUGAGACCCCGUCGCCCCAGCAGCUUCGUGAGUGGUACGCUGGGCGUGGGAGGUGCUUCCCGCUCCUCCUUCGCGACAGCACCUCACUCACGCUGCUCAGCCGGCCGGUUGCAGUCUCCCUGGCGGACCCCUCAGGGGGCCCAGUCAUUGCGCACUCCUCUACGGUUCUGCCGUGUUCGGCGGUCCCAUCUGGCUCACUGUCGGGUCUCCACCUCCCCUCGUUCUCUACGAACUUGGUGAGUGGAGCUGACCUCCAGGAUGUGUGGGUUGACCAGUUCACUCCUGGAGGUCAGCUAGCGCCCCCCUGCUCGUGUCGCGCUUUGUCACACCAGACCGUCCUUUGGCACCACCGUCUUGGUCACCCCUCGGUGCAGCGCCUCCGUGGCAUGCACCGACGUCUCGUCUCUAGACUUCAAGAGACCAUGCCUCCUCUCCCACCCUCGCCUACCCCUCCCUGCCUUCCCCGUGUCGAGGGGCGGCAGCGCGGCGCUCCUCACUCCUCCUCGUUUCCCCCGACGACUGCUCCCCUGCAGAUCCUACACAUGGACGUGUGGGGCCCAGCCCGCGUCCGUGGACAGGACCGCGAGCGGUACUUUUUGCUGGUCGUUGACGACUACACGCGUUACACCACGGUCAUCCCCUUGCGCACCAAGGGCGAGGUCCCUGAUGUUUUGAUCCCUUGGAUCCGCGCUGCCCGUCUCCAGCUCCGCAAGUUGUUCGAGACGGAAUUUCUCGUCCUGCGUCUGCACUCUCACAGAGGUGGUGAGUUUGCCUCUGACUUUCUGCGGGACUUUUGUCGUGGGGAGGGCAUUCACCGCAGCAGAAUGGGGUUGCUGAGCACCGCAUUGGCUUAG